AUGCUUACCCGCCUCUCUUGCCUGCUCUGGUGUCACCUUCAGCCGCGUGCCCGUAAUCUGGAGAAGGACCGCAAGAUACUCGUAUUCCGCCUCCCAUUGAUCUGUGUCUAGCUUUCUGUCAAUGAAACAAGCUUCUUGUGCAGUGUCCCGGCGAUGCACCGGUGAGGGGGAUGGGGGGGGGGGAAGGCGAGCGUCUGGAUCUGUCUGAACCCGCGGCAGGGGGGGUUGCCGUUGCGGCUGGCCAGCUGAGUCUCCUUCUGGCGCGGCAGUGCGCUGACCGGUGGCCUGUCGGGGUCGGGCACCAGCCGCUGCAUUCUGCGCAGCCUUCGGAUCGGCCAGUGUGACUUUGGGCUUGGGGGCGCCCGCUGCUGGAGGUGACGCCUGCCCGGCUUACAACAUUCGAAGGAGGCAAUUGAAGCAGCGGCCGUCCCGUGCCGCAGGAUGGUUCCGGCGGGGAUGAAUAGGGGCCAAUUGGCGCCCGCGUCCGCGCCGACGACGUACCACGCGCCAGCCCCCAUCCAACGCCCUCUGGGUGUCAGCGCGCAAACAGAUGCUGCGGUAGCGUGGCAGCAAGCUGCGGUGACCGGCGCUCCUUGGGGGGGGGGGGCGUCCGAGCUACCACAUCUCGAUAGGAUGGGCGGAUCUGGGGUGGUGUCGCUGAGUGUUCUCCCUCCGAAUCUGAUAUUAUUCACCUGUGUUCAAAGCCUCUAUUCUAUGCUUAAUUUUGCUUUGUAUAUCCUCAGGUACCCCCAGUUUUAGCUCAGAAAAUCUUUACCCAGAUAUUUUCAUACAUAAAUGUACAACUAUUCAACAGUCUACUUCUUCGUCGUGUGUUGCUCCUUCAGUAACGGAGAAUAUGUCAAGGCUGGUCUAGCUGAGUUGGAGUUGUGGUGUGCAAAGGCAACAACCGAGUAUGCAGCUUCAUCAUGGGACGAGCUAAAGCAUAUCAGACAGGCCGUUGGCUUUUUGGUUAUAUUCCAAAAAUUCAGAAUAUCUUAUGAUGAGAUAGUCAAUGACCUAUGCCUGGUGUUGAGUGUUCAACAAUUGUACAGAAUUUGUACACAGUACUGGGAUGACAAGUAUAAUACCCAAAGUGUCUCAACAGAUGUUGUUAGUAACAUGCGGGUGUUAAUGACAGAGGAUUCCAAUAAUGCUGAAAGCAGUUCAUUUUUGUUGGACGAUAAUUCAAGCAUCCCAUUCUCGGUGGAUGAUAUCACCAACUCAAUACAGGAGAAGGACUUCUCGGAUGUCAAACCAGCCGAGGAGCUACUCGAGAACCCUGCCUUCCAGUUUUUACAGGAAUAGGGCUGUGCGAAGUCUCGAGUUUUAUAUUGCUAGAUGUCUUGUCAGAUCAUUUCUUGAUUUGUUGUAAAUUUUCUUUGAUCCCUUGUGUCCCAAAUGUGCCUUUUUGUAGUUCUCUUCUCUUUCAUGCUAGUUUUGUAAAAUCAAUAUAGGUAUUCGUUAGGGUUGGGAUGGGGAUUCCCCCCUUACAAUAGAAAAAGGCCGUAUCUUUUAAUGCGGGGAAAAAUCAUUCUUUGUAGGAAAAUCAAAAUCAGUCUUUUACCCAAGGGUGGUAAGGAGAGGGAGAGGCAAAUGUUAGUAGCCUCUCCACAGCUAUAGAUCAUGUAAAUUAUAUAUUGUAAAUCAACAGAGAAGGGAAAAGAAGUUGAUGUAGCAGAUGUUAUUUUUGUGACU